CCUCUCCUCUCCAGGUACUGUCUCUGCUGGGACCAUGCCUGUGACCUUUGCCCUCUUGCUCCUCCUGAGCCAGGCCACUGCGGACCCAUGCUACCAUCCGGGGGGCCGCCCCCGCUUCUGCCUCCCACCAGUGACUCAGCUGGCUGGCAUGGCGGCCUCCUGUCCCCAGGCCUGUGCCCUCUCCCCAGGGGCGGACCUCGGUCCUCAGGCCACCUGUAAUGGCAGCCUGACCCUGGCCCUGGGUGGCUCCUUCCUCCUGACGUCCGUCAGCCUGCGCUUCUGCACCCCAGGACCCCCAGCUCUGGUCCUGUCUGCUGCCUGGGCCACUGGAGGUCCCUGGAGAUCGCUGUGGCGCAGACCUGCCUGGCCUGGGGCCUUGGGUGGCCCUGAGAAGGUGACCUUCCGCGCCCCACCGGGUCCUAAGGCCAGCGUGGUGGCCAGCCACCUCCGCAUGGAGUUCGGGGGCCGGGCAGGGCUGGCGGCAGCUGGAGUGAGAGGCCGUUGCCAGUGCCACGGCCACGCAGCCCGCUGUGCCGCCCGCGCCCGGCCCCCCCGCUGCCGCUGCCGCCACCACACCACCGGCCCGGGGUGCGAGAGCUGCCGCCCAUCCCACCGCGACUGGCCCUGGCGGCCCGCCACACCCUGGCACCCCCACCCUUGCCUGCCCUGCUCCUGCAACCAGCACGCCCGACGCUGCAGGUUCAACUCCGAGCUGUUCAGGCUAUCGGGUGGCCGGAGUGGGGGUGUCUGUGAGCGGUGCCGCCACCACACAGCUGGGCGGCACUGCCACUACUGCCAGCCAGGGUUCUGGAGGGACCCCAGCCAGCCCAUCACCAGCCGCAAGGCCUGCAGGGCCUGCCAGUGCCACCCUAUUGGGGCGACUGGUGGCACCUGCAACCACACCAGCGGGCAGUGCUCCUGCAAGUUAGGGGUCACCGGCUUGACAUGCAACCGCUGCGGUCCUGGCUACCAGCAGAGCCACUCCCCCAGGAUGCCCUGUCAGCGAAUUCCAGAGGCAACAACCACCCUUUCUACGACCCCUGGUGCUCACAGCUCCGACCCUCAGUGUCAAAACUACUGCAAUAUCUCGGACACCAGGGUACACAUGAGCCUUCGGAGGUACUGCCAGCAGGACUACGUUCUCCGCGCGCAGGUGCUGGCGUCCGAGGGGGCGGGCCCGGCGUGGCAGCGGCUGGCGGUGCGCGUGCUGGCCGUGUACAAGCAGCGGGCGCGGCCCGUGCGCCGCGGCGGCCAGGAGAGCGCGCCGGCGGCUGCCGCGGCCUGCGGCCUCCGACCCCGAGCCCCGGGCCGGACCACUAGCGCCGCAGAUCGGCGGCCGCGAACGCCAACCAAGGAACUGGGAAGCGACCUGGAGCGAAGCCUUACGCCUCGAAGGUCUCUGCCUCCCCCUCCUGGUCAGCGGCCCUCACCGCACCCCACUCUCCCAAGGGAUCCCCGAGCCGCGUUAAGGCAGCCCCUGGCGGAGACCCGAGUGGAGCACUGGGCGGGGGCUGCACGCGCUGGUGCAGGCUCCACCCGGGGUCCACGCGAGUUGGGGGACCCCGGAUCCUCCGGGGCCAGCGGCCCUGAGCACGAAGGCUUCCGACGACUCUCCCAGCUCCACCUUAAGCGGCCCUCCUUCCCCCUUCUGCGGAGGAUGGGAACUGCCAGCUCCGGGCCCCAGGUGUCCGGGCCACCCCGGCCCCCACAGCCCCAGCACGGCCGGGAGCGGGGACCAGCGCCCAACGACCCCUCCAUCCUGCCCCUUGGGCACCCCCCGACACACACACACAAACACCAGCCCGAGGAGCGUCCGCUGCUGUGA